ACUAGGGCAGUUAUGAACAACCAGCCACUCUCGCAAAAAAAAAAAAUUCAUGUGCAGGCUAGGUAAAAGGAAUGGCGACAGGAGAAGAGAGCGAUGACCGGCAGAGCAGGGGGAGCCAGGGUACGAAUGGGGACGAGGAACGAAACGAGGGAUCUGUGAAGGAUCGAGAGUUAGCCAAACCGAAAGGGACCCGAGAAAAUGGGAAGGACCUUUCAACAGGAGAAAGUUCCGGGAAAGCUGGGGGUAGCAAAAGAAGACCUCAGAAAAACAGGGAAGGGGGAAACGAUACGAAAACGAGCCCUCGGAACGCAGCAGGAGUCACCCCUAAGAAAACGAAAGUCUUGGAUACCCGCCGCAAGCUGGCAGAGAUAGAAAGGCAGACUGCAGAAUUUAAGGCAAGACUUAUUGAGCAGAUGAUGGCCGGGGAUGGAGAGGAUCCACAGGGUACAGGGUCACGAGAGGGACGCGGGACCGGUCAGGACGAGGCCAGGUAUGAAGGGAAGGAUAAUAGUCAUAGGGGAACGCCUAACAAGAUGGGGAAGAACAAGGACGACCCCCCGGCGGAAGGGACGGAAAACGCUAUGACUCUACCUGCCAUCGACAGCGGCGCUAGCCGAUUGCCCGCCACGCCGAAAGUAACAGGGGCAAGCGAUGGACUCUGGAGCCUUAGGGAAAGGGUGCUAGGUUGGUUCGACCCAGAAGGAACGCCGAAAACCAGGGAGAAGCAGAGGGAAAGCAAGGGAGGGGAAGGGACUAGUGCAGCAGGAGAAGGGGGUAGCUCCGAAGAUGACCUCAAGAGGAUAGUCACCACCCUCACCCGGGCACUAAAUAAAAAUCAGGGGUAUCUCGCAGACGCGAAGAAGAAACUCACGUUUGAUGGGGCAAAUAUUACGGAGUUUCUGAUAGAUUAUGAGAACCUGGCAGCCCUACUAAAAUGGACGGAAGAGGAAAAGAUGGAUCACUUGGGGCAGCACGUGUCGCUGAGCCUAGGAAGGGAUAUCAUGGCUAUCGUCGCCGCUAGCGGAUCUUGGAAAGAGACACGGAAUGAGAUGAUGAGAAAGUACCUGAAGGCAGAGAAAAUGGCAACAGAAGCUGAAUUAGCAGCAGUUCAAAGGAAAAACUAUGCGACUAACAACAAUUUUCUGAGAGCAUUUACGCUAGUGGCUCUGCGAAUCCCCGGGGUAACGGACCGCAUAAUGAGUAAGUACUUCCUCAGGCAGUUCUCCGAGUUUGAUAAGGACAAGAUUCUGUCAGCAUACCAGCAGACCAGCAAGUUCGAAUACACGAGGGAUGUGGAUUUCAGCACUGUAACAGACCUUGCGGAAAAGACAGUGGUGACCGAAACACUAGCCCUGCUUAAGGAAGGGGAAGUCAUAGACCUGAUGGCAAGGACGGGAGAUAAGGUCAAGAAGGGCAUAGAAAGCUUGCACAAGAAGGCAAGCCCGAGACUGCUUAAGGGGCUCAGGCACUUGCUAUCUCGCAGACGCGUAAAAGUAGACGAGGCUCCGGAACCUCAGGAACAGGAAGCCGAGGAGGCCGAGACGUCGCAAGAAGUCUCUAACCUCCAAAGCGUUCCUGAAAGACUGGAAGAUCUGGAAAAAGUUUUUGUUGAUAUCCGUCUGAGCCUGCCGGACCGAGAAGGGGGCGAGGUCAUGAGAGCACCACCCAACACUAAACUUAGCUUUCACGUGUUGCCUGUGGGAAAACUUAAAGUCCAGAUCGGAACUCAUCACACCGAUGCACUAGUGGACGGCGGAGCAGAAAUCACCCUCAUACGACGGGACUUCGCAACUAUCACAGGGUGCACAGUAAACAAGGAAGUAGCAGGGAGUAUCAGGGGAGCCGGCGGAGAAAUUCCCUUCACUGGGUAUGUCACCAAAUGCGCGGUCAGGGCAGGAAUCCGAGAGUCCAUCUAGUCUUUCCAACGGAUGACCGUCAUGGAAGAAAUUAACCAUGACAUAAUCCUUGGGAGACCAUGGUGCGCCAACGUAG